UGCAGUAGGAUCUAUUGGGCAAUAGAGUUGUCUUGAAAAGGAAUCCGGCGGUACAGCUCCAAUUGUCGGCUCGCAGAAGAGGAGGCAGGUGACCGUCUAGCAGGCAGAGCCACCUCCGCUUGGCAGUCUGAACGCAAGGCACAUCGGUGGAAAACGACUGUAUAUUAGACCUUUAUUGUCGUAAUAGAUGUUCCAUAUUUAAACUACAUGCCUUAUAAUUUAAUUGUUUAGUUAGUCAGUUCUCCCUCCGAGAUGGAUAGCGCGCACACGAAAUCCGCAUCUGAAGUUUUAGAGAACUUCAGUGUGAACGAAAACACUGGACUCACACUUGAACAAGUGAAAUCUAAUUUUGAAAAAUAUGGACCGAACGAGCUUCCGGCUGAAGAAGGCAAGUCCCUAUGGGAGCUGGUGGUGGAGCAGUUUGAAGAUCUCCUGGUCAGAAUCCUGUUGUUAGCUGCCUGCGUCUCCUUUGUGCUAGCUCUGUUUGAGGAGGGGGAGGAGACCAUCACAGCCUUCGUGGAACCUAUCGUCAUCCUGCUUAUCCUCAUCGCUAACGCUGUGAUCGGAGUCUGGCAGGAGAGGAAUGCGGAGAACGCCAUCGAGGCGCUGAAGGAGUACGAGCCAGAGAUAGCCAAGGUGUACCGCAUGAACCGCAAGGCUGUCCAGAGGGUCAAAGCCCGGGAAAUUGUGCCUGGGGAUGUUGUAGAGAUUGCCGUUGGUGACAAGGUCCCUGCUGACAUCAGGAUCACCUCCAUUAAGUCUACCACCCUAAGAGUGGACCAGUCUAUUCUCACAGGCGAAUCUGUGUCAGUGAUCAAACACACCGACCCCGUCCCUGACCCCAGAGCUGUCAAUCAAGACAAGAAGAACAUGCUGUUUUCUGGCACCAACAUCGCUGCGGGGCGAGCUAUCGGCAUUGUGGUCUCCACUGGUGUAUCCACAGAGAUCGGUAAGAUCAGGAACCAAAUGGCAGCCACAGAGCAGGAGAAGACCCCCCUGCAGCAGAAACUGGACGAGUUCGGAGAGCAGCUGUCCAAGGUCAUCUCCCUGAUCUGCGUGGCCGUCUGGAUCAUUAACAUCGGCCAUUUUAGUGACCCAGUCCACGGGGGGUCCUGGAUGCGGGGGGCCAUCUACUACUUCAAGAUUGCUGUGGCCCUGGCUGUGGCUGCCAUCCCUGAGGGUCUACCUGCUGUGAUCACCACUUGCCUGGCGCUGGGAACCCGUCGCAUGGCCAAGAAGAACGCCAUCGUCCGCAGCCUGCCCUCGGUGGAGACCCUGGGCUGCACCUCCGUCAUCUGCUCCGACAAGACCGGCACCCUCACCACUAACCAGAUGUCUGUCUGCAAGAUGUUUGUGGUGGAGAAGGUGGAGGAUUCCAGCUGUGCUGUCCAUGAGUUCUCUAUAACUGGCUCAACCUACGCCCCAGAAGGACAAGUGCUGAAAGGGGACAAGGUGGUGCAGUGUGGAGAUUAUGAUGGACUUCUGGAGCUGGCCACUGUCUGUUCCAUGUGCAACGAUUCUUCACUGGACUACAAUGAGGUCAAAGGAGUGUAUGAGAAGGUGGGUGAGGCGACAGAGACGGCCCUCACUACCCUGGUGGAGAAGAUGAAUGUGUUCAAGUCUGACUUGUCAGGCCUCAGCAAGGUGGAGCGCGCCGGCGCCUGCAACUCAGUGAUCAGACAGCUGAUGAAGAAAGAGUUUACUCUGGAGUUCUCUCGGGACCGCAAGUCCAUGUCUGUGUACUGUACCCCCACCAACAAAACAGGCUCUGGGUGCAAGAUGUUCAUACAGGGUGCCCCAGAGAGUGUGAUGGAGCGUUGCCAGUACCUGCGUGUUGGCACAGGGAAGGUGGCGCUGACCAUGCCCCUGAAAGAGCAGCUCACCUCCCUGAUCAGGGACUGGGGCACGGGCAGGGACACGCUGAGAUGCCUGGGCAUGGCCACGCGGGACUCGCCACCUAGACAACAGGACAUGGAUCUGGAGAACUCCACCAAGUUUGCUGAGUAUGAGACGGGCCUAACGUUCGUUGGCUGUGUGGGUAUGCUGGACCCGCCCAGGAAGGAGGUGAUUGGUUCCAUCCAGCUGUGCGCCGAGGCGGGCAUCCGUGUUAUCAUGAUCACCGGGGACAACAAGGGCACGGCCGUGGCCAUCUGCCGACGCAUCGGUAUCUUCGGCGAGGAUGAGGAUGUACUGGGCAAGGCCUACACGGGCCGAGAGUUUGAUGACCUGCCCAUAGACUCCCAGAGAGAUGCUGUGAAACGGGCACGGUGCUUUGCCCGCGUGGAGCCUGCCCACAAGUCUAAGAUUGUGGGCUUCCUGCAGUCGUUUGAUGAGAUCACUGCCAUGACUGGUGAUGGGGUGAACGAUGCGCCAGCCCUGAAGAAGGCAGAGAUUGGCAUUGCCAUGGGCUCGGGCACAGCUGUGGCGAAGUCAGCAUCUGAGAUGGUUCUGUCUGACGAUAACUUCUCUACCAUCGUGGCGGCUGUGGAGGAGGGCAGGGCCAUCUACAACAACAUGAAGCAGUUCAUACGAUACCUCAUCUCUUCCAACGUGGGAGAGGUCGUCUGCAUCUUCUUGACGGCCAUCUUGGGUCUUCCUGAGGCUCUGAUCCCGGUCCAGUUGCUGUGGGUCAACCUGGUGACAGAUGGUCUCCCUGCGACUGCCCUGGGCUUCAAUCCCCCAGACCUGGACAUCAUGGACAAGCCGCCCCGCAACCCCAAGGAGCCCCUCAUCUCUGGGUGGCUGUUCUUCAGAUACCUGGCCAUCGGAGGGUAUGUUGGUCUGGGCACGGUGGGUGCUGCCACCUGGUGGUACUUGUUUGAUGAUGAAGGUCCUCACGUGUCCUUCUACCAGCUGAGGCACUUUAUGCAGUGCUCGGAGGACAACCUCAUGUUCCAGGGCAUCGACUGUGAGGUGUUUGAGUCUCGUUUCCCCACCACCAUGGCCCUCUCCGUGCUGGUCACCAUAGAGAUGUUCAACUCCCUCAACAGUCUGUCAGAGAACCAGUCCAUGAUCAGGAUGCCUCCGUGGGUCAACUUCUGGCUGCUGGGAGCAAUCUUCCUCUCCAUGUCCCUCCACUUCCUCAUCCUCUACGUUGAGCCGUUGCCUCUGAUCUUCCAGGUGAUCCCUCUGACCUGGUGCCAGUGGAUCGUGGUCCUCAAGAUAUCAUUUCCUGUCAUCCUAUUGGACGAGGCCCUCAAGUACAUCUCCCGCAACCACUUAGACGACAACGACGACAAGAAGUACAGGAACAGGCAGCUAAAAUAUUAAGACUCUCUCUCUCACACACACACACACACACACACACACAUAUACACAUGUUCACGUAGGCCCAGGAAAGAGUGAUGAAAACUACAGAACACACCCAGGACUUAAAAACGUUCCACUCAUCGCUUUUGACUCUGUACAGUAACAUAGUGGUGCAAUAGGUAGACCAUGGAGAGAGAGAGAGAUGGGUAGGAGGAGAGCGGGGAAUUGUGAUGUCUACACACAGAGAGAGAGAGAGCGAGAGAGAGAGGGGCAUAACCUGGAGGCAACAGACAGACUUGAUGGUACCAACAACAGACAGACACUGACAUGCAGGUGAAGAUACUACCAACGGGCAGUAAAAGGAACCACGCUGCUCGGCCUGAGGUGUCUGCCCACCCCCCCCAUGCCAGAUGUCUGUGGCAGACUGUUCUGGGUGUAUCCAGUACUCAUGUGUCCAUCCCACCCCAUAUGAACCCCUCGGUCUGCAAAGGCUUCUGUCAUUCAGAUCCACAGUAUUGUCAGUGGUCUGUGCUGCUCUGCCAGGGUCAUGGUAGUCAGACCAGCACACUGUAACUACUCUAUUUGAACUGGAUCACCACAUUCCUCUCUUCCUCCUUUUCCUUCCCUCCCUCUUUCUCUUCCUCCUUUUCCUUCCCUCCCUCUUUCUCUUCCUCCUUUUCCUUCCCUCCCUCUUUUACUUCCUCUACAUCCUU